CAGAGCCGUGGAGGAGGACGCUCUGGCUGCGCUCUGGGCAUGGGGACCCCACGGGCGCCCUGGCCGCUCGUCUGGGCCGUGCUGCAGCUAGGCUGGUGGCCAGGACGGCUCCUAGACUCCCCCGACAGGCCCUGGAGCCCCCUCACCUUCUCCCCGGCGCAGCUCACUGUGCACGAGGGGGACAACGCCACCUUCACCUGCAGCCUCUCCAGCAUCCCCAAGAGCUUUGUGCUCAACUGGUACCGCAUGAGCCCCCGCAACCAGACAGACAAGCUGGUCGCCUUCCAGGAGGACCACGUCCAGCCCGGCCCGGACAGACGCUUCCACAUCACACGGCUGCCCAGCGGCCGGGAUUUCCACCUGAGCAUCGCAGCUGCCAGGCCCAAUGACAGCGGCACCUACCUGUGCGGGGCCAUCUACCUGCCCCCCAACACGCAGAUCAACGAGAGCCCCCGUGCGGAGCUCACCGUGAAGGAAAGAAUCCUGGAGCCCCCCACGGAGAGCCCCAGCCCCCCACCCAGACUCCCUGGCCAGUUACAGGCGUUGGUCAUUGGCAUCACAGGUGUGCUGGUGGGGGUCCUGCUCCUGCUGCUGCUGACCUGGGUCCUGGCCACUGCCUUCCCCAGGGCCACUAGAGGUACCUGUGCCUGUGGGAGCGAGGACGAGCCCCUGAAGGAGGGCCCCUGUGUGGCACCUGUGUUCACCGUAGACUAUGGGGAGCUGGACUUCCAGUGGCGAGAGAAGACGCCGGAGCCCCCCGCCCCCUGCGCCCCUGAACAGACGGAGUAUGCCACAAUUGUCUUCCCCAGCAUGCCAGGAUCCCCGGGCCGCAGGGCCUCAGCCAAUAGCCCUCAGGGACCCCAGCCUCUGAGCCCCGAACACGGACCCUGCCCCUGGCCCCUCUGACCAGUGGCUUCCUCGGGCGGCCUGCAUCCCUCAGACCCUCCACUGGGAGCCCAGGUGGGAGCCUUCCCUAAAGGAGUGUGCAGUGGGGAGGAGGUGGGGGGUCGCCCCAGGGCUGAGCCCAGUGAUGGUGACCAGCUCUGCCUGCACCAGCCCUGCUCAGCUCCCCUCGUACAACCUGGGGGCGGAAAGUGUCCCUGUCGCCCGCUGUGGUCAGGAAAGGAGAAUCACCCAGGACUCCAGGCUCAGCUGCCUGAGCCGGUCACUCUCUGGUUGUGCUACACUGGGCCUCCCACCAGUGUCUUCCCGGAGGGUGGGGCUGGUCUAGUGCUGUGGCUUCCAGAGGGUCAGGCUGCCCGAGUCUCUGUGGCCCCCCACCGCCUCCGAGGGGAGCCUGCUGCCGGGACACGGGAGCACAGGGACUCUGGUUGGAGACCCUGCCUUGGAGUGGCCCAGUGACGUGCCCCCUCGUGCACCUGGAGGGGCCCACGCAGGGGGUGGGGACCUUAUGCUCCUCCAGGGCUGGGAGGGAGCUCCUGGCAAGGCAGAGUGGGGGCCCACGAGCGCCCCCCCCAGGCACGGCCCCACCCACCAAGCAGCCCCAGGGUGAAGGAGAAGAACAGGCAGAGCUGGAGUCACCCCCUCAGAGGCCAGUCCUGGGGACCCUCCCCCAGGAAUCGCCCUCCAGUUGGCAACCACACACGGUGCUAUUUAAAGGGGCCUCGCCCAGCAGGCAGGUCUGCUGCGGGGCAGGCCGGUCCGUGGCUGCCUGGGUGUCAGGGACUUGGGAGCACAUGUCCUGUCUUGCGUUCCACAAACACUUCAGAGCCCCUCACCCAAUUCUAUUAUAUUAUAAUUAAAUAAUGACAAAAGCUCUAAGAAAAGCCGAAGUUCUCUCCUACUCUUGUGGGGGGGGUGAGUUUCUGCCCAAAGAUGGAGGACCCAGCCAGCCCUCCCCAGGCCCUCAUCCUCACUGCCCCAGAAACCCCCCAAGGCCUCUCAUCUCUGCUCCCCUCAUGUGCAUGCCCCACAGCCUCCUCAGGGUGAGAUCCCUACAGUUCAGGGUGCCAUGGGGCAUCACCCUCCAGGAAGCCUGUCCCCAGACUGUCUCAGCCUGGCACGGCUCCCCCCAACCUGAGAGUCCCUCCCAGGCAGCACCAGGGCCCUGGGCAGUGGGCAUGCAGGUGGGCUGCACAGGUGGAGAGAGGGUGCGGCAUCGGUGGAGAAAGAGCCCUUCCCACUCGCAAAGGAGUGUCUGUCCAUCUUCCGGAAGAAGAUACAGCCCCGCUGUGAGGGGACCUCAGUUCUCGUCUCAACCUCGCCCCUUCCCAGUGCGCCUUGUCCAAACCCUCAGGGGCCGUGCACAAAGCUCCCCCCAGGUCCUCUGCACGCACAUCCUGGCUUGCCGCACAGGGGUCCUGUCCUACUGUGCCGGGGUCCUGGCCAGUGCUGCGUGAGACAUAGAUGCACCUCGCCCAGGACAAGGCAAGGAGGCCGCCUUGCUCUGAGGAUGCCAGGCGGAGUCACACAUGGAGGGAUACUGCUGGGGAGUCUGCAGGCUGUGCAGGCUUGAGAGUCUGAAGAAACCAGUAGCUUCCAUGGAAAGACGAGGACAGUAGUGAGAAAAUGUCACACAUCUAAAACUAACACCCAGAAACACAUGGCUUUCAUAUUUUCAAACAAUAAGCAGUCAGAAGAAAAAGUGGCCAAGAUCUUCUACUGACAACAGCAACAGAGAUCAAACGCCCGAGGCAUCGGUUUUAUGAGAAAUGUGCUACCCCACAGGACAGCUUGGGCACAAGGGCGGAAUGCCCCUGUGGCAGGAACACUUGGCGCCGUCCAGAGGCCAGUUCUCCCCACGUUAACCUGUAGCUGUAACAUGGUCCCAGUAGAAGCCCACAUCUCUGCAACUGAGAAGUUCAUACAGAGAAACAAACAAGCAGGCAAGAGCCAAGGAAACCGAGAAAAGAAAGUGAAAGACAGCAGCUUUAUCAGACCUGCAACUAGUGACGGACGGCGGCACACACACCAGAGGACAGCCAUUAGGGGACAAAGACAGAGGCAGUAGUAAGUGGUGUUUAUAGCGCGAAGAAAAAGUAUCAGGCAAACUCCCUCCUCCUGCCAUGCACUUGCACGCAUCCCAAAUGUAAGUGUAAAACAGAAACCCUGAGACUGGAAGGCAGGGGUGAGUUCCUCACACUAGAGCAGAAGACCUUCCUGACACUGGCUAGAAUUCACAGCGUCAUGAAAGAGAAGAUGGAGACAUUCCAUUCUACAAAUUGGGGAAAAUGCUUUAAUGUGGCAAAGAGAAGUGUCAAAGCAAACUAAGGGAAAGUAUUGAUAAUAUUACACAAAAGGUUAAUACUACAAUUAGAUAAAGAUCUUCUAAAACACGGAAAGGGCCAAAGGGACAGUGGGAAAGUGAAGAGAAGCUAUGAUGAGGCACUUCCCAGCUAUGCACACGUGCAUGUACACAUGCACGUGCACAUGUAUACACACAUGCACGUGUACAUACAUGCACAUGAAUGCGCAAAUGUAUGCACAUGUACACAUAUACGUGGAUGAGCACACAUGCAUGUGCACACUUGUACAACACAACCAUACGCAUGGGCACGCACGUGUGCAUAAACGCACACGUACACAAACGUGUGUGCUCAGAUGCACACGUACCACACAAACCACAAACACUAUACAUGUGUGCACUCCAUGUAUGUAUGUACACAUCCCUUCAGCAACAAAAGCUGUUCCAUUCACUCAUAAGGAAACUGCAGAUUACAGGGAGCCUGUCCGCAGGCAACACUGAACCAUCCUCCACCUCACCGGAGAGGAUUCAGGGACGAAGGCCCCUGGAGCACCGGAGUGUGGUGGGCAGAAUGGCCACGCUGGAGAACUGACACUAGCCAGGCGUUAGCCAAGCAUUUGCCGUUUGACCCACGAAUCCCACCUGUGAAAUACCGCCCGGGGGUGAGCCAGGUGCCCGGGAGGCCCCAGGGCAGGUGGCCGGAGCAGGAGGGCCCGACACAGGUUCUGAGUGAAGAGGGUCCCUGGGACCUCGGCCCAUGCUGGUCAGUGUAGAGUAUGGGCAACUCGCUACCCCUGAAAGGAACCGAGUUAGCGUACCAUCAAAAGACCAGGGAGCACUUUGAGCAUAAAAAAAUACCAAAAUUAAAAGUAAAAAUCUAA